AUGUCAUCAAUCGAGGGUCUCGCAUCGGAGAAAUCCACCUUUCUCGGCUCGGCUCUGGCGGUGCGUGCUGCCGAUCAGGCUUACUUUGGCGGACAACAAGUCUACACCAAUGUAUCCCCGUCCACAUCCAAGGGUGGACCCCAUGGCGGUCAUGGAGCACCACACAGCCAUGGUGGACACCCACACGGACAUCAAAAAGGACAUGGUGAGUAA